UCUGAGGGGAGUCUCUCUGGUCUGUGGGGGAGGAGGAGGCUUGCACCCGAGUGAAGGAGCCUGCAGCCCCGCAGACAGAAGGCUCAUGCCUGCUCUGAGGACCACCCUGCUUUUUGUGACUCUUUUCCCAGAGACCUUCUACGUCUUAGCCUCUACCCUGAGCUCAGAGGGUAACAAGGGAAACCCCGUCUUCCUGGCCGUCUCAGGAGGAAAGCUGUGUCUUUACUGUGAGAUGGACAAGAAGAAAGGCCGGCCGACCCUCCAGCUGAAGAAGAAGGACAUCUCCCAGCUGCAUGCCUCAAACACAACAGAUUUGAAGGGCUUCACCUUCUACAGGAAGAAGAUGAGCAAGUGCUGGAACACACUGGAGUCGGCGGCCCACCAGGGCUGGUUCAUCAGCACCUGCCAUGUGAAUGAGCAUGUCAGAAUGACAGACAAGCCUGGGACACAGGAGCUCGUCGACUUUGCGUUUGUGCCAGUCAGCAGCGCUCACACGGGCCCCAGUGAGGUCAGCGAGUAGGACACGAAUCUCACAACUUUCUAGUUUUGCGUUCGGCUGCUCCGAAAGUAAAGACAUAAUACCGGAAAUCAAAUGCUUCACUUUAAGGAGACGGUAGGCCUUCACUGCUUCACAGUCAGAUCUUCCUAAUCUUUGUCAUCUGCAUUUUAAAGUCAUUUCCAAGUAAGUUGCACUGAAAACCCACAAAAAUUAAGCCUGUGGUGAAAAAAAUGCAC